AUGUAGAUCAGUCACACAACCGUGCAGAAGUUUUAGAUCCAAACAGAGAAAAUACAGCAUGUUUUUCUGCAGCAGCAGCGGUUCCGAUCCACUCAGCAUGUCUAAAAGCGACAUACUGAGAGGAAUCAUCACCGAGAAGCUGAGCACAGCCGCCCGGGAGAUCUUAGCGGUGGUGGAGAGGACCGUAACCGACUACGAGAAGGAGGCGUCGGGCUUCAGGCAGCAGAUCGACCGCCAGAGGAGGCAGCUGGAGCUCCUGCAGCCUCAGGUCAAACUGCACAGAGGAGGUCAGUGGUGGACUGAAGCCAAAGCGCGGGUCCCUGGUCUGCAGAGCCAUGAGGAGGAGGUGGUUGGUGAAGAUCAGGCGGAGCAGCAGCUCACAGGUGUGGAGGAUUCUGGGAGUCUGGACUUUCCUUGGUACGACGAUAAUGACGAAGAGCUUCCACCCGUGGUUCAGCUGACACCACGAUCCAGACGGAAACGGGAGGAUCUGAAGGACCCAGACUAUGAAAUACCUCCAAGGGUCCAGCCAGAGAAGAGGAGACCCAGCAAACCUCUGAUCAGCGACGGCCAGAACCACCUGGACUUCAGGGUCCGGAUCCUGGACGACCCUCAGACUGAAGUCCUCUCUAACAUCGUGUUUCAGAAAAGUCCCAUUCAAGACCUCAGUUGUCCUCGGGUUCUAGGGGAGUCGGACUUCCUGGACCUGCUGAGGUCCACCUUCCCUCAACUUGCUGCAGGAGCACCUUUUGACCUUUUCAUGACGGAUAACAGCAGGAGGCUGCAUCCUCUGAUGGUCAACACUCUGACUCCAGAGGAGAUCUACACCUGCAUCAGGUCCAGUGGAAACUCAGCGCUCUACAUCCGCAUGAAGAAAGCAGCCAAUCCUCAGAGCAGCAGCAGAGAUCUCCCGCCUCAGCCAGGAGAUGAGCAGCCUGCCUUCAGCGCCGCCACGCCCUCAGCUGAUCAGACCGAGGAGAACACGAGGUCAUCAGGAUCACAUCUGCUUCCUUACAUUACCACGAUGUUCCAGGAUCUGCACAAACCUUCUCUGUUGUCCUUCAGGUUGUUGUCUCCCAUCGAUCAGCCUCAGAAGAGGCGGCGCGGUAGACCUCGGCUCGGUGAAGAACCAACUCACCACUUCCUCAGAAUCUGCGUGCUGAAGGGCCGCCAGGCAGACGCUCCGUCAGAAGCUGAGCUUCAGACGUCAUCAGUGAAGGAGCUGAGAUGUCCUCGAGGUCUACAGGAAGCUGCCUUUUUGGACCUUCUGAGGAUCACCUUCCCUCAGCUGGUUGGAGAUGACAAAAAAAUUAACAUCUUCAAGUCUGACCGCAGCAGGAAACUUCAGCGGCUCAAAGUGAGCCCCAUGACGCCAGAGGAGAUCUACAGGAGCAUGAAGUCCACCGGGAUCAAAAAGUCUCUCCUCUACAUUAAGCUGAAGACAGGAGAAGACGAGGACACUGAUAGCGAGGAGCAGGACCUUCAGCUGGUAAAAGACGAACCGCAGCCUACAGACUGUGUGGCUAUGGGAGAUGAAACUGCUCCGCUUCAAAGCCCUGAGGAUCUAGACCAGAGCAAAGAGUCCAUGCAUUCAGACGAGGAGGCAGCUGAGAGCGACACGAGUUUCAGAGAUGGAAACGAGGAUUUGGAAAAAGACGACGAGUGGAAACCAAAUCCUGAAGAGACUGAGGAUGACGAUCCGGAGAAUCCUGAAGGUCCACAUCCAAAAAGAGCCUUAAAGGGACGUCCCAGGCGAGUUGUGGAGAAGGGGCAGGAGAGCAAGGCCCCCUGUCAGGUGUGUGGGGUGCGCUACAGGACACUGUCGGGUUUUGCCAAACACGCCUGGAGUCAUGCGGAUGACCCAAAGAGCGUUUGCGGGGUGUGUGGAGAGACUUUUAAUUCCUCAGAAGACCUUAAAGGACAUCUUCCAGUGCACCAUAAAACCUAUGAUUGUUCAUACUGUGGGAAGGCCUUCUUCACCACCGCUGGCCUCAAAAACCACAUCUCUCUGCACACGGGAGAACGGGAAUUUAAAUGUAACAUUUGCAGCAAAAGCUUCACUUACAAAUCGGCCCUGGAUAUCCACCGCUGGGUCCAUGUGGAAGAUCGUCCACACAAGUGUGAUAUGUGUCCAAAAUCGUUUGGCCUGAAAGGGCAGCUUGUGGCUCACAAGAAAUGUCACACCAGCAGGGACCGAUACCUCUGCAACAUCUGCGGAAGGUCCGUCUUCGACCUGAGGUCUCUGACUCGCCACAAACUGACACACUCGUCCGAGCGCCGCUUCGGCUGCAAAGUCUGCGGGAAGCGCUUUAAACUGGAGGGUACGCUGAAGGCGCACGAGAAGGUCCAUACCGUCAGGGACCGAAUGUACCUGUGUCACAUCUGCUGCAAGACCUUCCUGUCCAACAACACCCUGAUGGCUCACAUGAAGACCCACAGCGGCGAGCGGCCGUUUGUCUGCAGCGUCUGCACCAGAAGCUUCCUCAACAAAUGGGACCUGAAGAAACACAUGCGGGUUCACACCGGGGAGGCGCCGUACGGUUGCUUCAAGUGCGGGCGCCACUUCAAACUCAAGAGCACCCUGAACGUCCACAUCAGGAGCCAUCUUGGCAUCAAACGGUUCAGCUGUGGGGUUUGCGGCAAAGCUUGUUCUCGACAGGAGCACCUGACUGUCCACAUGAGGACCCACAAUGGAGAGAGACCCUACAAGUGCUCCCUGUGUGACAAAGACUUCACCCAGAGCCACUGCCUGAAAACACACAUGAAGAGCUGCCAUCCUGAGGACGUCCGUUUCCCUGAACCAUCUACUUCCGAGGUUCAGCCGCCGGGAACCGAGUGAAGACUUCAAGUUUUUUAUAUUUGCUCUUUUACUUUAAACUUAGAGUUUUUUGUGCCAAUACUGUGUAAUGCAAAUCUAGGUUUCAAGAAAACAAGCAUGUAGCAGCCGAUUGGUCCAUUUGUUUAUUGAUUUUCUAAUCUUGUAGCUAUUUUUUAUUUUUUUGCUUUGCAAAGAGGAUGGUGUCCAUCUCCAGCGUCCAUAGGUUAAAGGUCGUAGUGUAACCUGGACUGGCUAACGGGCCCAAAUCUGUGCAGUGUCAUCAGAGAAUGAAGGAUCCAGUUUAAAUAUCAGCCAUGAUGUUCUUCUUUUGGGUUUAUUUUACCAUUACUUUAUUUGUGUCGUUUCGACACAAGAAACGUAGAAAACAUUCCAGCUGUUUGUCAUUUCACAUCAACCUUAAUGAGGUUCUACUGACAGCGAGAUGGCCUCAGGGCUAAUGAGGGCACACCAAAGACAUGCACUCUAAACUAGUGGCCCCACCCUGGUCCGUAGGACCCGUUGUCCUCCAUGUUUCAGACCAGAACACCUGAUUCAAUGAUUGCAUCCAGUGCUGGUGUGCAGCACCAGGAACGUACCUGAAGCAGGGUUGGCCAGAUUCAGUCCUGAAGAGCUGCUAUCCUGCAGCUUUUAGAUUCAUCCCUGCUCCACCACACCUGAAUCAGGCGUCUGAACGUCCUCUUCAGGAGUCAUUCAGCUCUGCAGAGGCCUGGAAGUGAGACGUUGAUUUGAUUCAUGUGUGUUGGAGGAAGAAUGCAUCUGAAUGUUGCAGGAUGGAAGCUCUGGAGGACCGGAGUUGGGCCCCGCUGACCCAAAGCAUGCAGGACCUCUGCUCUAAAGGGGAGCAGGACUGUUUCUACGUAUCCGUCUGCCCAGAUGUUGGACAGUUUUAUGUUUUAGAUUUUCAGUGAUGCUCUGUAACCUUAGUCUGUUUUUUUUUUUGGUUUUUUUUUGCUUUAAACUUGUUUGAAAUCGGAGGUCAGAGGUCAGAAAUCAGUUGGUGCAUCUCUGUAAUCAAAGCCCUACUAAAAUAGCCUCUGUUGGAAGCUGAUGUAUACUGAAGCUCUGCUGAUUUAUAUUUUCUAAGAAUAAUAAUAAUAAAAAAUCAUGGUUUUGGACCAUGUGUGAAAGCAGGAAAAACCCAGAACUGGACCAGAACCCUAAAAACUCUGACAUCAUGUAACCCCGAUCACACAUUAAUUACAAUAAGAUGUUGAUAAAUGAACGUCGUAGACGAAGGUCAGUCUUGAGGUUUCAUGUUUUAUUUCUAUUAUCCAAACUUCUCCAGCUUCACGAGUCGUGUAAACUGUGACGGUCUCAGUUCUAGUUUCAUGUCUGCAGACUGAAAACCGGAUCUUUAUCCAGCUGUUGAUGUUAAGUUCUGUCUUAAUUUUGUAUUAACCUUUUUAAAUAAAAAUCGCAAUCAAACUAA